ACAGCCUGAGGCGGUAGGGUUCGGUGGCCUACCGCCCGAGGUGGUGGCGGUAGGUGCCGAAGAGGCAAGUGAUGCUGCGGGCGGGCCCUACCCCACCCACCAGCCCGUUCUUCCUCCUCCCCUCGACUCGAACAGAGUCGAGCGCCGCCUCUCUCCUCAUCCCGAUCCCCUCCCUCGAUCUCCCUCUUUCCUCCACCAUUUCCGCGGAUCUUUGGGGCAAAUCGAAGAGGCCGGAACAUGGCGCCACCACCACCAAUUGACGAGGAUGAUGACUAUGAAAACCCACUUGAGGAAGCCAUCUGUGCUCAAAGAGUGAGGCUGAGCGAACGGGAGGUGUGCAACCUAUGGGACAACUUUCUGCCACGUGCUGAGUUGAUCGGGGCGCCAUUCGUGACCCAUCUGACAAGUACCAUGAUCGAUCGACAUGUCAUGAAAUUGCCAAAGAGCCUAUCUGAGAGUUGUGGCAUCGAGGCUGAUGAAGAAGGCUAUGCUGGAAUACGCCUUACCGCAAGGGGGGCCGUCACUACUUGUGCGAACGGCGUGGAAACGGACGGUCGCACACAUUUAAGCACAGAUGGGUGGAAGAGCUUCCUCGUUGACAAGCAUCUUCAUGUUGGACAGGCCAUCCUUAUUACUAUCAGGAAGACCAACCGUCAAGGCUUGAAGAUGAUGAUCGUCAUCGAUAUCAUCUAAAGUAUAUAUGUGUGUGGCUGCUGAUGAUCGUCAUGUUUGAUUGCUACCUAUUUUGGCUUCGUGAAACUAUUUGGAUGUGAUCAAACUAUGUUAUGUUUAUGUCUAUGAAAUUGUAAUCAAACUAUGUUAUGUUUAUGUC